AUUCGGCCGUAUACAUCCCAAUCCCACGGUCCAUGCAUGAGCUGUGCUGUGGAAAGAGGCAUCCUGCAUCCAUCCGCCAUGAGAGCUACCAGCCAACAGCCGGCACGUCUCCUACUGCGGCUGCUCUUGAUCGGCUUCUUCCUCCUUUCGAUCGCCGCCGGCGUCACUGACAAGCUCGAGAGGGGCCAGAAGCUCACCGAUGGCGACACGCUCGUCUCAUCCGGCGGCUCCUUCACCCUCGGGUUCUUCUCUCCCGGGGCGUCCACCAAGAGGUACCUCGGCAUAUGGUUCUCCGUGUCCAACGCCACCGUCUGCUGGGUCGCCAACCGCGACCAGCCGCUCCUUGACAAGUCCGGCACGCUGCUGCUCAACGACGUCGGCAGCCUCGUCCUGCUUGACGGCUCACGCCAGACACGGACGGCGUGGUCUUCGAACUUCCUGCCCGCCUCCGCCGCGGCGGUUCAGCUUCUCGACUCCGGCAACCUGGUCGUGCGCAACGGCAGCAGCAGCACCUCCCUGUGGCAGUCGUUCGAUCAGCCGUCGGACACCUUGCUGCCCGGCAUGAAGCUGGGCAAGAACCUCUGGACCGGAGGCGAGUGGCAGCUCACGUCGUGGCGCUCCGCCGACGACCCGUCGCCAGGAGACUACCGCCGCACGCUGCAAACCACCGGGUUACCGGAGAUCAUCCUGUGGUACCGCGACGUCAAGACGUACCGCACUGGCCCAUGGAACGGGAUCUACUUCAACGGCGUCCCGGAGGCGCGUGCGUACGCGGGCAAGUACCCGCUCCUGGUGACGACGAGCCCGUGGGAGAUCACCUACGGGUACACCGCCGCGCCCGGCGCGCCGCUGACCCGCGUCGUGGUGAACUACACCGGCAAGGCGGAGCGGCUGGAGUGGGACGCGAGCAGCCGGGAGUGGAACCGCAUAUUCCAGGGGCCGAGGGACCCGUGCGACGAGUACGGGAAGUGCGGCCCGUUCGGCCUCUGCGACCCCGAGGCGGCGUCGUCGGGGUUCUGCGGCUGUGUCGACGGGUUCAGCGCCGCGAACACGUCGGCUCUGGUGGUGAAGGAUAACUCCGAUGGGUGCCGACGAGACGUGGCGCUGGACUGUGCCGGCGGGACGACGACGGACGGGUUCAAGGUGGUGCCAGGGAUGAAGCUUCCCGACACGCAGAAUGCGUCGGUGGACAUGGGCGUCACGCUGGAGGAGUGCAGGGCGAGGUGCCUCGCCGACUGCUCGUGCUUGGCCUACGCCGCCGCCGAUAUUCGAGGAGGCGGCGAUGGCACCGGGUGCGUCAGGUGGGCCGAUGCCAUUGUUGAUCUACGUCUCGUCGACAGAGGGCAGAAUCUCUACCUGAGGCUGUCAAAAUCAGAAAUGGGUGGCCGUAAAAGGUUUCCUACACUACUUGUUGCCACAACUCUACCUUCUGCUGUUACUAUUCUUCUGCUCGUCUUUAUGAUUUGGUGGAGAAGGAAAAACCGAAUAAUAGGUGCUAUUCCUCAAAAUCCUACCAUGGCGGUUCCUUCAGUUAGUCUAGCAAUUAUAAAGGAUGUCACUGGGAAUUUCUCUAAAAGUAACAUCAUCGGGCAGGGUGGAUUUAGCGUUGUUUACAAGGGGCAGCUUCCUGAAGGAAGAACUAUUGCUGUCAAGAGGCUUAAACAAACGGCACUGACAACAAAAGGCAAGAAUGAUUUCGCGAGAGAAGUGGAAGUGAUGGUUGGGCUCCGGCAUGGCAGUCUUGUUCGUCUUCUCGCUUACUGUGAUGAAGGCAAGGAGCGGAUACUCGUAUACGAAUACAUGCAGAACAAGAGUUUGAACAUCUACAUAUUUGGCACACCUAAUCUUCGUGCUUCACUGGACUGGGCAAGAAGGUUAGAAUUACUACGCGAGAUCGCGCAUGGUGUUGCAUACCUCCACGCAGGAUCAGGCGAGAGUGUGAUCCACCGUGACCUUAAACCCGGGAACAUUCUUCUUGAUGACGAGUGGAAGCCAAAAAUCGCUGACUUUGGCACCGCCAAACUGUUUGCCGAUAAUCAGACUGGGCCUGAUCAAACAAUUGUCAUUUCGCCGGGAUACGCAGCUCCGGAGUAUGUGCGGGGAGGGGAGAUGACGCUGAAAUGCGACGUUUAUAGCUUUGGAGUUAUUCUUCUAGAGACUCUUAGCGGGCAAAGGAAUGGUAGCUUGCAAAGGCUUCUUUCCCAAGCCUGGGAACUGUGGGAGCAGAAUAGGAUCAUUGAACUUCUCGACACGACAAUUGUGCCGCUCCCCAAGUCCGAGCCUGAGAUACUGCCCGGGCUAAAACGUUGUAUCCAGAUCGGGCUCCUCUGCGUCCAGGAAAUGCCAGAUGAUAGGCCAGCCAUGUCUGAAGUUGUGGCCAUGUUUACGAGCGCAACAUCUCAAAUUGAUUGGCCCAGAAGAUCGGUACUAGAUAGCGGAAUAGCCAUGCCUUUGAAUCCGUCCCUUGAACUUGAGACUGAUCACUUGAACCCCACUACAAUUGAAAUGAGAUCGCCAUCAAGUCGAUCCAGCUAUUGUUGUCUAGCUAGCAACCAAUCUAAUUAAGUUCGUACAUAGGAAUCAUUUACACACAGCCUUUUGGUUGUGAUGUUGGUACCUUUUCCUUUUGCAUAUAUUGGUACCUUGAUUCAUUGUAGAAAGAUGCGGAAUAGCGAUUCAACAUAUAUGGAGGUAAGACUUGAGAAGAAACUGAGUUGUUGGAAGGUAAACAUCUAUCCUCGUCUGGGUGGAUGGUGCUCACCAAAAUGCCUAUGUUUUUGUUGUCA